GCUACGGCAAAUGUGUGUGAACGAAUGUCAGACACUUAAAGAGAGAAAGUGGUGAUCUUUUGGCUUCUUCAAUGGCGGUUAUGGGACCUCGACCUGGACUGUACCGUUGGCGGCGUCUCAACCAGCCUCAUUCGAGAGAGAAGACAAAAUUUGAUGUUGACAGUGUCUCACACUGGAUUAAGCAGGUGGAACAAGCCUCUGAAUUUGCUGUUUCUGAGGUUUUUUCUUUUAAAAGGAAACCUUAUUCUCAAAGGCUUAAUGGUCCAGUGCUGGAUUUAGAGACAACAGAGCAGCUGCAAGAGCAUGAUGAGGCAUAUAUGGAAGCUCGAGAACUGCUUAGCGAUUGGAUGAAUUCAAAACUGAAAUUAGAACUGACAUCUGAUCAGGAAGACGAUGCUGAGAAUCCUGCUGUUGGCUCUGUUCCUCCCCAGGAACCCUCUCCUGGCUUUCAGAAGUAUGACAAGUUUGAUGAUUUGUAUGUUUACUUGGAACAAGAAACAGAAAAUACUACAGUGCAAGACUUUUUGCAGCAUUUACUGCAAAGUGAAGUAGUGAACAGUGGGAUACUGGAAGACCUUAGAACUGAAAAUUACAAGGAAAAGAGGAAGCCCAGGGACCCCCGAAUUACCAUGGAGUUAAGGCAUAAACAGGUAAAAGAAAAUCGCCUGAAGCACCAGAAGGCACUAGAGCUUGUGAAACAAGAGAAGGCCCUGAAAAAAUCUGCUGUGUCAGAGGCCCAAAAACAACUGCAGGAUGAGAACAAGAAAAAGGUCCUGAAAGCUAGAAAGGAAGAAGAAGAAAUCCAACAGCAGAUGGUAAAACUGCGGAAGGAGAUGGUAGAAAAAAGACUCCUCAUGCGACAGGCACAAGAAAUGGAAAGAAAGCGGCACAAAUUGAAAAAAAAUCAUAGGCUGGUAGAAGCUGGCCUGGCCCCUACUUUGCUAGCUCCACUUGAUUGUGAAAAAGAAAGACAAAGGAAAGAGAAGGAAGCCAUGCUGCAGGAGCUACUGAACAAGAUUGACACUGCAAAUCACAAGUGCCUGCAAAGGUAUUUCUCUGCCUGGCAUAAGCUUAUUCUGGAUCUCAAAAUCAAGCUAGGGAAAGCCCAGGCUCUUGCAGACUGGAAGUGCCAGUUGAAGAUCUUGCGAGCCUGGAGAGAUUACACAUGGUCCCAGAAGAUGGAGCAGGAGACUCAGAAAAUGGAGAGCCAGCUGCGGGAUCAAAACAGGAAAAACCAGUUGGCAACAGAGUUUAAUCGGAAAUGCAUUUUGCACCGUUACUUUGCUGAAUGGCAGCAUUGGAGUCAAAUGGAAACUGAAAAGAGAGAGCUGCAGUUGAAAAGGGAGGAAAUGAGGAGGAAAAUGGCAAAGUUUCUGGAGGAAGUGGCCCUGGAGAAAAACCCUACCAAUCGGCCGUGGAAUGCUGGAACAACAGAAGAAGCUCAGGAUCAAUCUGUGAGUCAUGGAGAGGUCACUGAAAUACUCCUUUUAGAAAAGGAGCUCCCAGAUGCAAAAGUGGAAACAGCAAAUUCCUGCUCUCCAAAGACCUGCCAGAAAUAUAAUAUUCCUCCCUCAGAGCCCAAAUGGGCAUGGCAGGUCACCCGGAAGCAUGCUGCUUUGAGUGCACAUCACCAAAUCACAUUUGAUGGCCUAACAAGAAGUUCCAGGCAGCAUCUCAGUACUCCAAGUCCACAAAUGGCACCUGGCUGGUUGGGCCCCUUAGAGCACCGCCAUGCCUUCCAACAGCAGCUAAUUGCAGAACAGCAACGGCAGCUUCAAGAGCAGCAAGAACUGAUUCUUGAACUUCAGGGAAAUCAGAGUCUAAAGAAGGCCCAGGAGGAUGCUGGCCAAGCCACAGCUGUUUCCAGGGCAUUUGGCAGUCCUGCUCCAAGAGGAGGAAAGCAGUUAAGAGAAAAUCAGCCAGAUUACACCAAUACCAAACCUUCGAGGUCCGAUGAUCACCAACUGGCAGCUAAAAACAGGAAGAAUCUGAAGGUAUCAUCCUCUGCCCAUCCAUUACUCAAAGCUAUGGAAGAGAGAGCAAUUCAGAGAGCAGAACGGAGGAAGGAACUGGAAGAAGCAAAGAAGAAGCGUGAAGAGGAGAGGCUAGCCCAACUGAAGGCUGAAGAGGAGGAGCGCCAGAGGCAAGAAGCUACAGAAAAAGAGGCUCAGCUAGAGAAGAGGCGGGAGGAGAGGAGACUGCAGAAAAUGAAAGAACUAGAAAAGCAGAAAAGGCUGGAGAGGGAGCAGCAGCUCCUGUCAAAAGCAAAGGAGCAUUAUGUUAAGGUCCUGCUCAGGGAUUGGGGGCUGGAGCCCUGGAAAAGAUUGAGGGAGCAAACUCAGCAAAAUAUGGUGGUGGCAGAAAGGCAUCACUGCCUUGAAUUGCAGAGAAAGUGCCUAGUCUCCUGGCUUCAGCACACACGUGAGACUCUUGCUAGGAAAACUGCUCAGGCUGAGGAGCUCUGUUCUUGCCUAUUACUGAAAAGGUACUUAAGGAGCUGGAUACAGUACAAGAGUUAUGCAUCUGCUUUGGAAGAAAAUGCAAACAAAUUCCAUGAGACUUCACUUAAGAAGACUGCCUUUAGGGCUUGGCUAGAUAUGUUUAAUAAAGAGAAACUUGCCUUGUGGGAGAAACAGAAGACUGCGGACCAAUGCAAUGACAGGAGAAUAACACUGAUCGCAUUCAGGGCCUGGCAGCAGUUUCCAAUGUUGAUGAAAGAGGAAAGGGAGAAAGAAGAAAGACUACGACGACUAAGGAAGAGAGUCUCUGAAAUUCUUCCAGACUUCCUCAAGUAACAGAGAGCAGCUUGAGUUGGAUGAGAAUGGAGUUCAUGUGCAUCAUGUCCUUUCUAGUUGAGAACAAAUCCAUGGAGAUGUUCCAGGAAAUGCUAUGACUGUACCUGUCAUUUGGGUCUCUCUCCACCACAGCAACAUCUUUGCUUCGCGAAGAAAUGUUAUAUUGAACUUCCAACAAUCAAAAACUGUGCUAAGUAUCUGCCACAGUGGUCUGCUUCCUAUACACAAAUGUAAACCUGCUAUCAAACCCUUUGCACACACCUGCAGCUGUACAAAGGAUUACUUCUGUAGUGUUAUCACACACAACUGGAGUAAUGGCAUGAAUACCACCAUCCUAUAAAUAGCUAGUCACAAGGGUAUACAAUUAGACUCAUCCCAUGGAUAGACUGUGUUCCCCUCUGUUGUGGGACUGCCCCAAUGGAAACUGGAUUCCGUAUUGCUGUAUGUGUAAAGCACAAGUGACUUAACAUGACAGUAAAAAACUGACAGGUUGUAUCUUA